AUGAUGGAGGCAAGGAAGAAAGACCCGGCACAAAGGCCAUAUAAGUGCCCGAUGUGUGACAAGGCCUUCCAUAGACUCGAGCACCAGACGAGACACAUAAGAACGCACACUGGAGAAAAGCCCCACAGCUGCUCGUUUCCAGGGUGUUUCAAAAAAUUCUCUCGCUCUGAUGAGCUCACCAGGCAUUCCAGAAUCCAUACGAAUCCAAACUCGCGAAGGAACAAGAAUUUGAGUAAAACGAGCUCAGGAAACGGUGAAGAUGGUACCGGUAAGACAGAAAGUGGGAUAAAUAUGACACUCGGCUCGUCACCUCCUGACGAACACUCUUUGGGCAAGAAGCGGAGUGCCAGUCCCAACGACUCAGAGUUGAGCUCUCCCAACGCAGACGUAGACGUGAUGGACUCUCCACCUUCCACUAUGAUGAAGGUAGAAAGCGAUGAAGAGAAAUCCAGUCCUAAUGCUGGUCAAGAAAAGCCAAAGCUUGAUAGGCCACCUUCCACCAUGAACAUUGACAUCCUCGCUAGCGCAGCAUCGGAAGAGUUAAAGAACUUGGAAACUCCAAAUAACUCGAAGUCGUUACCCUCACUUGUAGACUACUUUGAAAAGGGCAACACCAAGCAGUUCACACACCCUCCUUCAUUAAUAAAACCACCAUUGAAGAGCUCUCACUCCUAUUCAACAAACAGUCUUCAAUAUUUGACAAACAUAGCAAUGAGCCAGAGCAACAAUACAAGCAACAGUGCCAACAACAGUAUCAAUAGUAAUAAUGGUUCUGUGUAUACCCACUCGAAGAGCUAUACUACGUUGUCCAACUCCAACAAAACACAUUUGAACACCCUCUCUGCAUUACAAAGAAUGACUCCCAUAGUGCAGCCUCAACCACAGAAGAACCACAUCUUGGAGGAUUCAGAUUUGGACUAUGUUAAACAAAAAUUGAAGAAAUCAAGACCAAAUUCACCCACUCCGAUGUCCUUCACUUUACCCAAUUCUCCAGUUAUGGGACUUUCAACAAACGUAACACCUAUCCUUUCGGCAAAUAAUAGUAGUACCAAUUUAUCUGGAUUGUUUAUGACCCCUGUUGUCCAAAAUGGGCACCUGAGUACUCAACAGCACCAUGGCAGCUCCAAUCUACACCGUAAAACAACCCCUCCUCCUUCCACAAAAAGCAGGCCCAAAAAUUCACCAGGCAUCGCACAACAACAAGAUGAAGACUCUAACGCCUUACCGCCAUUAAGAAGUUUAAACUUGGAUUUACCUACAAAUUUAUCGAUGCCAUCGUUUAGUAGAAUCAAUCUGCAAUACGCCGAGCCUCCGUUAAUAUUUAAUAAAUCACACAGAACUUUAAGUUCUAGUUCAGGUAAGAGUGGCCAGCUUCGAAAGUAUCUAGAAGAAGGUAAUUGA